AUCUGUUUUGGCAUAAUUUUUUUUUCUAUUUUUAAUAUAUAGUCCACCUUUUUUUAACGUCUUUUGCAGAGAAUCUGUGAAGUUUGAACAAGCAGCCUUCCCAAGAUGUACCGAAUAUCUCAACUGAUGUCAACACCAGUAGCAAGUGCUUCCAGGUUGGAAAGAGAAUAUGCUGGAAAGUUGUCUCCCACAUGCGUCUUCCCAAGUUUUGCCUGUGAUUUCCUGGAAAGUGACAGUUCAUUUGAAUGCUGCUCCAUAGAUCCCUUGACAGGCUCCCACCAUACUUGUCGCCGAAGUCCCAGACUCCUCACCAAUGGCUACUACAUUUGGACAGAAGACAGUUUCCUCUGUGACCAAGAUGGCAACAUCACUCUGAAUCCAUCCCAGACCAGUGUUAUAUACAAGGAGAACUUAGUUAGGAUAUUUAGAAAGAAAAAGAGAAUCCAUCAUUCUGUUUCUUCUCGCUUCAAUCUCGGUACCUCUAAAUCCUGGCUGCAUGAAAGUAUCUUUGGUGAUGUUGACUCUCCCCCAAGUCAGGACAUCUGGUUGGAGGAUGUCAGAAGGCUGGAUACAGACCAUUACAACAAAAAUGGAGGUGAUUUUGAUCGUUCUUCUUUGACUGAUGGCUGGGAGUCAGAGGAGCUGACUGCAGAGUCUGCAAUAACCUCCUCUUCUGGCCACAUCACAUCUCAACCUCCCGGAGAAAACGCCCAGGACUCCUGUCUUCAGUCCCAGACGAUGGGAUCAGCACAUUUCCCAGGGCACAUUCUGGAUCAUUCAAAAAUCGGUUUGUUGCGAGAAGUCCUCUUUCAGACAAUCCUGCUUGCUGUGUGUUUAAUCAUUUCUGCAUGUGCAAGAUGGUUCAUGGGAGAAAUAUUAGCCGGCAUCUUCACAUGCUCGUUGAUGAUAACCGUAGUUUAUGUUGUGAAAGCAUUGUUUCUCAGCCUUGCGAGCUAUUUCAAAGCAAUUGCCUGUACUGGAUGUGGCCUGGAAGAUUGCAACGUAAGAGUUACAUUGUGUGACACUGGACUGCUCAAGGGCCUCUGCUUCCAGAGGCUUUUGCAGCUGUAG